CUCUUUGGUGACAAUCCACUUCCGGGGCGUCGGGGAUUGCUUUGGUCGGCAGCAGCUGCUCUCUAUGGAGAUAAUCUAAUCAUGUCUGAAAAUGAUGGUGUUAAUAAUAUGGCAACAGUAGAAGAAAUUUCCAGUUUUGAAAACGGAAACAGUGGGCCACACAAACAAGCUCAAUCUGCUGACCCUAGUGCCACACAAGAAUCUGAAUCAGAGUCUAUUGCCCCUACUCGUAAAAGACCUGAAACAAAACCACCCAGUGAGCCUGUGACUUCAGUUCUCCCUGAUGAAGAACUGAAGUCUGUGGCCAAGGAUGCUGUUUCUAAAGAAGCACCCCAAACAGGAUGGGGAUACUGGGGAAAUUGGGGCAAAUCAUUGCUUUCUUCCGCUUCAGCUACUGUAGCCACUGUAGGACAAGGCAUUUCAAAUGUCAUUGAGAAAGCAGAGACUUCCCUUGGCAUCCCUAGUCCCACUGAAAUUUCAUCUGAAACUCAAAAUAUAGGAGAUACUAAUGUCAAAGCAGGUAGCCUCUAUAAAGAGGAUGGAAAUACCUCACCAAUGGGUGCAGCACUUGGUGUAUUCUCAACUAUAUCUACAGCAGUUCAGAGUACAGGAAAGAGUGUUAUUACUGGAGGUUUAGAUGCUUUAGAGUUUAUUGGGAAAAAGACAAUGGAUGUCAUAGCUGAAGGUGAUCCUGGAUUUAAAAAAACCAAGGGCUUAAUGAACCGAAAUUCUACGUUGUCCCAGGUUUUGCGAGAGGCAAAAGAUAAGGAAGAACUGAGGACAGCCAAUGAGGUUACCAUGGAUACUGAAAAGAAAGCUCAUUAUGGAUUACUCUUUGAUGAAUUUCAAGGCCUUUCACAUCUGGAAGCUUUGGAGAUGCUUUCUCGAGAGAGUGAAAUAAAGGUGAAAUCUCUCACUAAUUCUCUGUCUGGUGAAGAAUUAGAGAAUAUAAAACUCGACUUGGAACAAAUCAAAGAAGCUUUUUCAUUAGCUGAACUCAGUGAUGAAGAAGAUGAUGAAAAAAAGGAAGAUGAAGAUUUCACUACAGAGAUAACGGAGCUGUUUUCCCAGCUGCAUGUUUCUACCAGACCUGACAAACUGACCAAUGCAAGAAAUACUGUUCAUGAGUGGAUCAGGAUGUCUAGCUCCAAACCUUUAACAGAGGAAGAAGAAGAAAGAAAGCAAGUAGAACUGGAGAAUUCAGAGGAAGAAGAUAAAAAAACAAUAGAGGAUAUUCAUGCAUUUGCCAUCCAAAGUCUGGCGGAACUCACAGCCUACUCCAUUGAAAUGUUUCAUAAAACAGCAGCAUUAAUUCUGCAUGGUCAAAAACAAGAGAUAACUGCUUUAAAGAGAAGCAAAACCCUUUCGCAAAUGACAAUUUUGUUGUGUAAAGAAUUGUCUUCAAUGUCUAAAGAGUUUGCCACAUGCCUGACAGCUGUUGGGGUAAAAGAAAAAGCAGAUGUGCUUAAUCCACUAAUAACUGGUGUGUUUCUAGAGGCAUCCAACAGUGCUUCAUAUGUCCAGGAUGCUUUUCAAUUACUUCUUCCGGUGCUUGAAAUCUCCCUCAUUCAGAGCCAGAUUGAAUCAUCACAGUCAAAAUGAGUUCCAUUCUAAAAGAAGAGAGGCAAUUCCUCAUUUACAAAAGCCAAUAUGAAGAAAUGUUUAAGGACAAUAAGUUUUGACCUUGAUCUUCCAGCAAUGGCUAAAAAGUGCCAGACCACCUUUGGACCUUAUUGAUCUGAUGAUUCUGUAGUCUAGACAAUUAGGCAGUCUAAGCAGGUUUAAAAGAGUAAAUUUGUUGCCUUCAUUGUUUGACCAGGACUCCUCUUUCUGCAACUGCAGAUAGUUAUGUGCAUUAAUAAAUUUUUGAAAGAAGAUUUUUGGAAAAAAUCCAAGAUGAAUAGCUCUUGACAAAAGGUUAGCAUCUUCUGCUAAUGUGAAGUUUAACCAAAAACAUCUCUUCCACUUUGACACGACGCAUAUAUAACCUAAAAACUACAAAUCCUUGUUAAAAGGAGAAACUGGAUCUUUGAACACUGCUUUUUCUUUUCAGUUAGCACACAAAUUUUUGGUUGUGUGUGUGAAAAAGAAUUUAAUUUUUUAUUCCCAGAUACUAUUGUUUGAUUUGGAAGUAUCGCAUAUUUUUUUCCUUCUCAGAAUAAAAACUUCAGCUAUA